ACCAUCAGCAUUGCGCGGCGUAUUUUUUGCGUGUAAUUUUUUGCGAAAAAACAUUUUUAAGUGUUAUUAAUUAAAGACAUUGUUGUGCAGCAGUUAGAUACGAUUGCAGCGCAACAAAUUACUUCGCUAAUAAUAUUCGCAUUAAUAGCUAAACAAACAAAUUGCCAGAAUGUCCGCUGAAGCCGAAGUAAUUGUAACUGCAGCUGCAGAUGAGGCGCCCACAAAGACAGCCGUAGAGCCCGUGGCAGCGGAUACAACGCCCGAUGCAGUUUUAGUGGAGCAGGAGCGUGCAGAGAAAAUAUUGAAGGCCAAGGAGCUGUUCAGUCAGGGCUCACGCAAUUAUUUGGUCAAGAGCUACGAUGAAGCAGCGGAUGAUUUAAGUCAAGUAUGCCAGCUCUAUGAGGAAAUCUACGGCGAGCUGGCGGAUGAAUUGGGUCAGCCUUUCUUGCUCUAUGCCAAGUCGUUAAUCGCCAUGGCGCUGGAUGAGAACAAAGUUAUUGAUGUGCCUGAUGAGGCAGCCGACGACGAAGAGGAGGUUGACGACGACGAUGAAGAGGCAGAUGAGGCUGAGCCAGCCAAGCCGGCACAAGCAAAUGGCAAUGGCAAAAAAUUGGCCAGCAUUAAGGAGAGCGCUGCUGAUGAAGCCGAUUCGACAGGUGAUGCCGAAGCAGCUGAAGCUGCUGGCAGCUCCAAGGCACCUACAGCUGUAGAUGAAGUAAGCAGCAGCAAUGGCGCUGCUGCUGCCAACGAUGAUGAGCGCCCGAGCACUUCAAAUGGUGAAGCUACUGCAAGCACCAGCAAUGGAGCUACCGGCAGCAUGGAUGUGGAUCAGGAAGAAGAUGAAAACGAGGAGGCCGAGGGUGUUAGCGGCAGUCUGCAGUUGGCAUGGGAGAUACUUGAAGCCGCUGCUAAGAUCUUUUCACGCCAAGGCUUGAGUGGCUUGCCUUACUUGGCCGAUGUGCAAACCGAGCUGGCCAACAUUGAGUUUGAGAAUGGCAUACUGGAUGCAGCACGUGAGGAUUACGAGAAAGCGCUCAAGAUACACGCCGAGCUGCCGAAUACAAACAGACGCGCGCUUGCCGAGCUGCACUAUAAGAUUGGCUUAACCUAUUUAAUGCAGCAGCUGAAUAAGGAAGGCGCUGCCGCGCUGCGCAACUCAAGCGUUUUGAUUGAAGAGGAAAUUGCCGAGAUUAAGGCCAAGGAGAAUCCCAGCGAGCGUGAGAAGAAUAAUAUGCUGGACUUGGAGGAAACUAAGCAAGAGAUUUUGGAUAAAAUACAGGAGAUUGAAGAGACACAGGCGCAGACCAUAGCUGAGGUGCGUGCCGCUUUGGAUAGCUACAUCAAGCCCAUGAGCAGCAGCAGCAGCGCCAAUGGCGGCGAUGAGGCAGCGUCUAGUUCAUCAACAGCAUCAGCAGCAGCUGCUGCAACUGCUACCAAAGCAGCUAAUGGCGCUGCUGCCAGCUCAUCAUCCUCGUCGGCUAUAAGCAGCAGCUCGGCCAAGCCCACAGAUAUCACACAUUUGAUUAAACGCAAGAAGCCAGAGGAUCCCAGCUCGGAGGCUGAAGCUGCCUGCUCGCCGGCCAAACGUGCUGCGGUCUAAGAAUUUCAUACACAGACUGCACAUUCCAGUUCCACACACACACAUAUAAAACCCACUCAUACACAUGCAGUUACCGUUACUUAAAAACUCACAUAGAAAAUGAGCUACAUAGAGCGCAUCAUGAUGGCGUCGAUUGCGCCUCGAUUUCUUACUAUUUAUAACUAUUUGUUUUUGCUGUUUUCUUCUACUCAAUCUCUCUCAAUCAUUUUCAAUUAGUACGUAAGCCUAAAAAAUCACAAGUAGUGCUAAGCAAAAAGAUAAAUCAUGUUUUUAUACAAAAGAAAGAAAAAGGAAAGGAUUGCGUGCCGAUUGAAAAGCAUAAAUAAAACGUCAAUUGCCAACAAUU